AUGUUGGUCCACGUCUGGCUUCUCUGUGGUCUGAGUGCUGUCGUGACCCCUCAGGAUGUCACACAACAAGCCCAGAUGUUCCUAGAAGAUUUUAACAGGAGGGCAGAAGAUAUCAGCUAUGAGAGCUCACUUGCCUCUUGGAACUACAACACCAACAUCACCGAGGAGACUGCCAGGAAAAUGAAUGAGGCGGACGCCAAGUGGUCCGCGUUUUAUGACGAGGCCUCCAGGAAUGACAGCAGCUUCCCAUUAGCCAGCAUCCAGGAUGCUCUCACCAGGCUCCAGAUCCAGUCUCUGCAGGACAGAGGAUCAUCUGUGCUGUCACCGGAAAAAUAUAACAGACUGAGCACUGUGCUAAAUACAAUGAGUACCAUCUACAGCACCGGGACCGUCUGUAAACCCACCCAACCGUCUGAGUGUUUGGUGCUGGAGCCAGGUCUGGACAUUAUUAUGGCUAACAGCACAGAUUAUGAUGAGAGACUGUGGGCCUGGGAAGGCUGGAGAGCUAAUGUUGGCAGGAUGAUGAGACCGUUAUAUGAAGAGUAUGUUGAACUUAAAAAUGAGAUUGCAAAGCUUAAUAAUUAUUCUGACUAUGGAGAUUACUGGAGAGCAAAUUAUGAAGCAGACUAUCCAGAAGAAUACAAAUACAACCGUGACCAGCUGGUUGAAGAUGUAGAGAAGACAUUUGAGCAGAUAAAACCUCUGUAUCAGCAGCUGCAUGCCUAUGUGAGGCACCGGCUGGAGCAGUUCUAUGGCCCCGAUCUCAUCAGCUCCACGGGAUGCCUCCCUGCUCACUUGCUGGGUGAUAUGUGGGGUAGAUUUUGGACAAAUCUGUAUGCCUUGACCGUUCCCUAUCCAGCCAAACCAAACAUUGAUGUAACUUCUGCAAUGGUUCAAAAGAAAUGGGAUGCAAUGAAAAUAUUCCAAGCCGCUGAGGCUUUCUUCACCUCCAUUGGCCUUGACAAAAUGACUGAGGGCUUCUGGAAUAAUUCCAUGCUUACAGAGCCGACUGACAACAGGAAGGUUGUGUGCCAUCCUACAGCAUGGGAUCUGGGGAAAAAUGACUACAGGAUCAAGAUGUGCACCAAAGUAACCAUGGAUGACUUCCUGACCGCACACCACGAGAUGGGACACAUCGAGUAUGACAUGGCGUACUCUGCGCAGCCCUACCUGCUAAGAGGUGGUGCCAACGAGGGCUUCCAUGAAGCAGUAGGUGAAAUUAUGUCACUUUCUGCA